GGCAGUGUUGAAGGCGAGCAGGGCGGAAGCUGCUGUUAGAUCGUGAGGUUGUGCUGGAAGUCUGCUGGUGAAUCAGCUAUACACGGAUACCUCCCAGGACAUGCCAAACAUGAUAGGGAAGUCUCUGUUGACGGCUUUCACUUUGUGCGUAAUGUCUGCAUUACAACAGCAAAUGGUGCACGCAUUGUCCAUGCUUAAAGCACCAACAUCCCCAGGAUUCCAUAACACUCUGACAAGCUCUAGAUUGAUCUUUCCCUGUCAGCCUAGAUCGAAAUGCACAAAUUUGCGACUGGAUACUGGAGGUGAAAGGUUAAAUGCCAGGUUGGGAAAAGUUUACGAUGCUGGACUGGAAUACGAGACAGAGCUUAUGGCUGCUCGGAUCUCUGACUCUCAUAUCCGGGCAUUUGCUCGGGACGGAAUUGUCCCACUUCGUAAGGUCAUUGGGAAAGAAUGGAUCGACUUGAUGAAGGAAGGAACUAGAAAUGGACGAGCGGAGGAUUGUGUAGAAUCAUUGUCGUUAUUCGCAAAGAAAGGGCCAUUGCGAUCAGUUUCAUGCCGAUUGUUGAACUCUGCGAAGUCUCUCCUCGUAUCAUCAUGGCUCUACAGUGAUUUUGAAUGUGAUCGCGACUUUCAGCGACCAGAAAUCGGGACAGAAGAAGUGAUCAAGACGACGGUUGCUUUCUUUGUGCCUCUCGAUAGCGUAUCAGAGGAUGAGAGCAUCAAGGUUCUGCGCGGCAGCCAUCUUUGGUCAGAAGAUUCUUUCCCCAAAGGUCAUCAAAUCUCAGCAGACGUUUCCCAGCAGCUCAGCAUCGGCGCAGACCUUGAGCCUGGAGAUUGUGUUGCGUUCCAUGGAAGAAGCGUCAUGAACAAACAUGUGAGGGAAGGGAGUGGCGGAGUCUUGGUAGCUUAUGCAGCAGAUACUGCCGACUCCAGUUGCAACCUAGAGGAGGUCUGGGAGGACAAGCUGUACGGGAUGCGAGGAGAGACCCCGACAACAGUGGUCCAAUGGAGCAAAGGGAUUGCACCUCCAAAUAAAGACUGGUAUACCUGAUCGCCAUAGAUGGUUUGGCGCCUGUUCUCUUCAUAAAGCUAGAGCCAUGAAUUUUGUACAUUCCCUGUCACUCGAAAUAAAACCUGUGAUAUGUUCU